GGGUUUCCGGGCCCCCGAGUGGCGAGAGCGCGCGGGGCGCGGAGCAGCGGCCGCCGCGUGGAGCGCCCCAAGGGAACAGGGCGGACCCCAAGGCGCUGCCCCGCCCCGGCCAGGCCCGGGACGAGCCAUGGUGGCCUCAUGUGGCGGCCAGCGCCGCGCCGGGGAGCGUGCGAGCCCGUGGGGAGAGGUGCCCCUCCAGCCUGCUACAGCCCUAGUGGCCCGCUGCCGCCGCUAGAAGAUCCUGGCACCUUCUUCGCCGACUUCCAGGUCUUCGCAGGGAGGCAUGGCGUGACUGCACUGACCGAGGCCGACGUGACGGACAUCAGGGCCAAAGCCGGCGAGGACCCUCUGUUCACCGCCUGCUCCGCGACCUUCCCGAGGGUCCCAGAGGUGGAGAUGAGAGGGUCCGAGGAGGUGGCUGCCGGAACCGUGUUGCAGCGGCUGAUCCAGGAGCAGCUGCGCUAUGGGCCGCCACCCGAGACCAUGAACCUGCUGGCCCUGCAGCACCAGGCCACGGGCAGCGCAGGCCCGGCCCGCCCUCCCGGCUUCCCUUCCACGGAGAGCCUGGCCCCCGAAGACCCACCAAUGGUCUACCAGUCGGCGCGCCAGGAACCGCAGGGCCAGGAGCACCAGGUGGACAGCGGGGCCAUGGAGAAGCAAGUCCGUGCAGCGCCACCACCACAAGGCAACGAGGAGCUGCCCACCUACGAAGAGGCCAAGGCGCAGUCCCAGUUCUUCCGGGGGCCACCGCCGCAGGGCUACUACCUGGCGGGGGGCGUCGGGCAAAAGGCCCGCUCCGAGGGACGCCCCACGGUGAGCCGGGCCCACAGUGGCCAGGCCCCCAAGGACGAGGCGCUCCGGGAGCUGAAGCAGGGCCAUGUGCGCUCUCUGAGCGAGCGCAUCAUGCAGCUGUCCCUGGAGCGCUCGGGGGCCACCAAGCAGCCCCCACAGGGACCCAGCCCCGGCCCUGGGAAGGGGCUGGACCCCCGUGGGCCGCCCCCCGACUACCCCUUCAAGGCCAAGACGGUGGUGUCGGCCGUGGGCAAGCCCCCUGAGCUCGGCCUCUUCUACCCGGAGCAGCACCCCAGUAUGUUGCAGGAGCUGCUCAAGCCCUACCCGGGGCCCCAGCCUGUGAGGACAGAAGUGGCCGUCCUACGCUACCAGCCUCCCCCGGAGUACGGCGUCACCAGCCGCCCGUGCCAGCUGCCUUUCCCGGCCACGGUGCCGCCACACAGCCCAGUGCCCUCCCAGGCCUCUGUGGUCAGCGGGCCGCUGCACUCUGUGUCCCUGCCUCUGCCGAUGCCGAUGGCCCUGGCUACUCUGCCUCCGCCACAGCCGCCGCCGCCGCCAGCCACCUCCCCUGGCCCGCAGCUGGGGCCCGACACGCUGGCCAUCGUGGAGCGGGCCCAGCAGAUGGUGGAGAUCCUGACGGGGGAGAACCGGGCUCUGCACCAGGAGCUGCAAGCCCACUGCGAGAGCUCCGAGAAGCUGCACAAGUUCGAGAAAGAGCUUCAGAGGAUUUCUGAGGCCUACGAGAGCCUGGUCAAGUCCACCAGCAAGCGCGAGUCCCUGGACAAGGCCAUGAGGAACAAGCUGGAAGGCGAGAUCCGGAGACUGCACGAUUUCAACAGAGACCUUCGAGAUCGCCUGGAGACGGCCAACCGGCAGCUGUCCAGCCUGGAGCGUGAGGGGCUGCAAGAGAGGGCAGCAGAAGGUCUGUACGCAACCCAGAACCGAGAAUUCUUGAAGGAGAAGGAGAAGUUGGAAAUGGAGCUAGCGACGGUGCGGACCGCGAGCGAGGAUCACCGGAAACACAUCGAGAUCCUGGAGCAGGCUCUGAGCAAUGCCCAGGGCAGGGUUAUCAAACUGGAGGAGGAGCUUCGGGAGAAGCAGGCGUAUGUGGAGAAGGUGGAGAGCUUGCAGCAGGCGCUGUACCAGCUGCAGGCAGCCUGUGACAAGCGCGAGCAGAUGGAGCAGAGGCUGCGCACCUGGCUAGAACGGGAGCUGGACGCAUUGAGGGCCCAGCAGAAACAUGGGGUGGGCCAACUAACCGGUGGCCCUGAGCCCAAUGCACCGGCCCUCCUGGAGCUGCUGCGGGAGAAGGAGGAGCGGAUCCUGGCACUGGAGGCAGACAAGACUCGGUGGGAGCAGAAGUACCUGGAAGAGAGCACCAUUCGCCACUUCGCCAUGAAUGCGGCAGCCAGUGCUGCAGCUGAGAGGGACACGACGCUCAUCCGCCACUCCAGGGCUGGCAGCUACGGGGAGGGCUCCCUGGAGGCCCAUGGCUGGCAGGAGGAGGAAGAGGUGGUACAGGCUACACGGCGGUGUCAGGACAUGGAGUUCACCAUCAAGAACCUGCACGCUAAGAUCAUCGAGAAGGACGCCAUGAUCAAGGUCCUACAGCAGCGGGCCCGCAAGGAGGCUGGCAAGCCUGACAGCACCAGCCUGCGGCCCGCCCGCUCUGUGCCAUCCAUCGCCGCAGCUUCGAGCACUCACUCACGCCAGACCUCCCUGACCAGCAGCCAGCUGGCCGAGGAAAAGAGGGAGGAGAAGCCGUGGAAGGGGAGCAUAGGGGUGCUGCUAGGAAAGGAACAGCAGGAUCCUGCACUCAGCCCACUGCCGCUUGGCCCACCGGCGCCCACCACGGUCGCCAGCAGCACCCAUGUCAAGACAAGCAGCAGGGACAGUGGCACGCAGACCGACCGGGGCUCUGAGCUCUUCCGGCCCCACACGGCCUCACUGCCCGGCCGCGGCCGGCUGAGUGUCACUCCAGCCAACAGCCCUGUCCUGAAGCAUCCUGCCCCCAAAGAGAACUGUCCCGGCCAUGGAAAGACGCUGGAGCACAAAGGCCGGGCCGGCAACCUGUUGCACAAGGGUGAGCUCCCAGAUAUGGAGAUGAUGGAAGUCCUCAUCUAGCUGCGUCCCUGAAAGGGUGGAGCCUCCCACUUGGGACACAGGCAGCCGGUGGUCAGAGGGGAGCCAUCCGGUUGGGACACAGGAGCAAGGAGAGACACAUGUUGUGUUUGUUUUAUUUUCUUCUUUCGUUCUUGGGUUUAUUUCAGUUUUCGUUUUUGUUUUUGGUAUCGGGCCAUACUUGGGACCAUGCAGUGCCAGAGAUGGGGCUGGAGGCGCCUGCCUGCCAACCCUGUGUCAACCCCAAAAGGUUCCAUGUGCUAGAGUGGGGAAUCUCCAUUGUACCCCUGUGUAUGUCGCGGAGGGGGUGAGUCAGCCGCAGAUAAACCUGGGUCCCUUUGGAGCGCCCACUCUACUCACCUUUCGGCAUGUUUUGCUCCCUAUGACAUCACAGGGUUUACUGUGAUGGGGAAAGGAAGAGAGAGGUGAGGUCAACAGGGUGGGCACUC